CAUAAAACCACUCAGGGAAAAAUUACCUUCAUACCAACGUUUUACUAAAGAAAAUUAAACAUAAAUCUGGAUACGUUAAAUCCAUCGCUGAUGGCUCCACGUCGAAAUAAUAGUGGUCCUUCAUCCAUUGACGUUCAAAAUUUGUUAGGAAUUGAUUCAAAUACUCUUCUGAUAGAACGAUUUACAACAAACCAAGACUUUAUAGAACCAAAUAUGACACGUUGCUGCAUUCCCAACACCGAAUGUUUGAAGUCUAUCGACUUUGGACUUAUCAAUCUCGAUGACUUGAGUGACUGUGUCCGAGUUGUUUGUAAUAAUGAGUCCUGUCAAGCUGGCAAUUAUAUGCAUCGUGAAUGUUUUGAUGCUUGGGAAUCGCGUAUUUUAAACCAUCUUAAAACAAAUGGUCGUGCCAGAUCUUGGUCAGAUAAACAAAGACAACAGAAUUUGUGGACUAAAAAGGGAUACGAACUUGUCUAUAAAAUUUGCAGUUGUCGAUGCGGACGUGGACACCUAAAAAAGGAUCUAGAUUGGGCUCCUCCACAAACGAACGGUUUGAUUGAACGAUACGAUGAUGAGGCAAAUAAGAAGAAGAAGAAAAAGAAUAAGAACCAGAAGUCAGUUCUUGGACUAAAUGUCAAUCAAAAUAGUCAACAAGUACAGAAAAUGACGGGACUGGAAUUGAACACACUUUUGGAGAAUACAUCUCGUGGUCGUUCCAAUAGUUUGUCAUCCAGUAAUGGGUCUUCUUCUCCCCCAAUGACGUCAUCGGAGCAAAGCAUUUCUCCAAUACAUUCUGGAUUGAAUCCGAUUUCAAAUCAGGUUGAUGCAAAUAAUAGACCCUUGACACCUAGGACAAUAACCGAAAUCUACUCAGAUCGUGUUCGCCAAACAUCAGGAGCAAAUGGAAUAUUUUCACGCCGUUUGGACUUUUCGUCUUUUAAUGUUUUGCCAAAAUCCCGCAUUAACUCAUAUUCAAUUAAGAUCGAAGAUGAAGGAAAUCAUGGAAAUGAUGAGACACGUUUGUUUAUUUUAUCGUCAUUAGCAGCACAGCAUAAAAGUCGUGUAGCAUGCGUUUUAUGUGAAGAACCUAUGCUUGUUUUUGAUAGAUACCCAUUAGUUGAUGGCACAUUUUUCCUCAGCCCUCGACGUCACACUACUGGAUGUAUUGAGGUAAAAUAUGAAAAUCGAGUUCAAUAUUUGACAUCUGUUUGUAUGGCUUGUUUGGAAGGAGUUUCACCAUCCAGAGUUAUUCGAUGCAGGUUUUGCACCCAGAAAUGGGAUGGAUCAUCGCUUGUUAUGGGAACAAUGUACUCCUAUGAUAUUUUUGCAGCCAUGCCCUGUUGCACCGAACGACUCAAGUGCAACAAUUGUUUCAAACUGCUAUUACACCCAAAUCAACGUCUUAACUUCUUUAGUGACUAUAGUCAUUCUGUAUCAUGUCCAUAUUGCACUUCUCAAGACAUGCACUUUGUCAAACCACUUAACUACUGCUAUACAAAACAACCGUGUCAGUUAUAUCAGCAGUGGCCAUAACAUGAGGCCACGUUAGAAUCUCCUAAAUCUAAAAUGUUUGCUCCGGCAUCUGCAUCGACGCCUACAUCGGUAAAAAAUAGGCGUCCAUCAAAUUCUGAUCCAAUUGUAAAUUCAUUAAUGCAAGAGUUGCACUCAAUGAAAUUAAUCAAUGGAAUUGAUACAUGUGAAAGUAAAAGCGGAGACUCAGGAUUCUUAUCAUCUGGAGAUUCUAGCGUAAAUGGAGAUGCUUAUAGUAAUAAUGCAAGCGUAGUUUUGCGAGCCAAUAACCCAUCACAUAGCUCUGGAAAUGCCUGGGAUCAAAAGACAAUUUGGGAUCUAGCCAAUUCAUUUAACAAUAGUGCUAUCUCUAAUGAUAAUAAUUUUGGCAUAAAUAGUACCAAAGAUUCUAUUUGGUCUAUGCAAUCAUCACCAGUAACAUCUAACAAUGUGUGGGAAAAUACUUUGAA